AGAAUUUUCAUCGUUUUGCCCCCGAUGUCCUCGCCCUCAUGACAGUUUCCCUGUUCCCUCCGUUGAACAUAGGACGUUAGAGAAAGCUUCGUCUUGUUUCGUUCGAAAAGUUGCAUUUUUGUUGCUACCGAACUGUUGAUCGAUUAAAUACUAAGAUCCACCAUGCAGAUUUUCGUGAAGACCCUUACCGGAAAAACCAUCACCCUUGAGGUCGAGGCUUCCGAUACCAUCGAAAAUGUGAAAGCCAAAAUCCAGGACAAAGAAGGAAUUCCCCCAGACCAACAGCGUUUGAUCUUCGCUGGAAAACAACUGGAAGAUGGAAGGACCCUUUCCGACUACAACAUCCAGAAAGAAUCGACUCUUCACUUGGUUCUUCGUCUUCGAGGAGGAAUGCAAAUCUUUGUCAAAACUUUGACGGGAAAGACCAUCACCCUUGAAGUCGAGGCCUCUGAUACCAUUGAAAAUGUCAAGGCUAAGAUCCAGGACAAAGAAGGUAUCCCCCCAGACCAGCAGCGUUUGAUCUUCGCUGGUAAACAGCUGGAAGACGGAAGAACUCUUUCCGACUACAACAUCCAGAAAGAAUCAACUCUUCACUUGGUUCUUCGUCUUCGAGGAGGAAUGCAAAUCUUUGUCAAAACUUUGACCGGAAAAACCAUCACCCUCGAGGUUGAGGCCUCUGACACUAUUGAAAAUGUCAAAGCAAAAAUUCAGGAUAAAGAAGGAAUUCCCCCAGACCAGCAGCGUUUGAUCUUUGCUGGAAAACAGCUGGAAGAUGGAAGAACUCUCUCUGAUUACAACAUCCAGAAAGAAUCAACUCUUCACUUGGUCCUUCGUCUUCGAGGAGGAAUGCAAAUCUUUGUCAAAACUUUAACGGGAAAAACCAUCACCCUUGAAGUCGAGGCCUCCGACACCAUUGAAAAUGUCAAGGCUAAGAUCCAGGACAAAGAAGGUAUCCCCCCAGACCAGCAGCGUUUGAUCUUCGCUGGUAAACAACUGGAAGACGGAAGAACCCUUUCCGACUACAACAUCCAAAAGGAAUCGACUCUUCACUUGGUUCUUCGUCUUCGAGGAGGAAUGCAAAUCUUUGUCAAAACUUUGACGGGAAAAACCAUCACCCUUGAAGUCGAGGCCUCCGACACCAUUGAAAACGUCAAAGCUAAGAUCCAGGACAAAGAAGGUAUCCCCCCAGACCAGCAGCGUUUGAUCUUCGCCGGAAAACAGUUGGAGGAUGGCAGAACUUUGUCUGAUUACAACAUUCAAAAAGAAUCCACACUCCACCUUGUUCUUCGUCUUCGCGGAGGAAUGCAAAUUUUUGUCAAGACUUUGACCGGGAAAACGAUCACUCUCGAAGUUGAGGCCUCCGACACCAUAGAAAACGUCAAGGCAAAGAUUCAAGACAAAGAGGGAAUCCCCCCAGACCAGCAACGUUUAAUUUUCGCCGGAAAGCAAUUAGAAGAUGGCAGAACACUGUCGGACUACAACAUCCAAAAAGAAUCCACACUCCAUCUCGUCCUACGUCUCCGCGGAGGGAUGCAAAUUUUUGUUAAAACUUUAACAGGGAAAACCAUAACAUUAGAAGUCGAAGCUUCGGACACCAUCGAAAACGUCAAGGCCAAAAUUCAGGACAAAGAAGGAAUCCCCCCAGACCAACAGCGUUUGAUCUUUGCCGGAAAACAACUGGAAGAUGGAAGAACUCUUUCGGACUACAACAUCCAAAAGGAAUCGACUCUUCACUUGGUUCUUCGUCUUCGAGGAGGAAUGCAAAUCUUCGUCAAAACUUUGACCGGAAAAACCAUCACCCUCGAGGUCGAAGCCUCUGAUACUAUCGAAAACGUCAAGGCCAAAAUCCAGGACAAGGAAGGAAUUCCCCCAGAUCAACAGCGUUUGAUUUUCGCCGGAAAACAACUGGAAGAUGGAAGAACUCUUUCCGACUACAACAUCCAAAAGGAAUCAACUCUUCACUUGGUUCUUCGUCUUCGAGGAGGAAUGCAGAUCUUCGUCAAAACUUUAACCGGAAAAACCAUCACCCUCGAGGUCGAGGCUUCCGACACCAUAGAAAAUGUCAAAGCUAAAAUCCAGGAUAAAGAAGGUAUUCCCCCAGACCAGCAACGUUUGAUCUUCGCCGGUAAACAAUUAGAAGAUGGUAGAACUUUGUCCGACUAUAAUAUCCAAAAAGAAUCCACACUCCAUCUCGUCCUUCGUCUUCGAGGUGGUGAUCUUUAGAAUGUCUAAUUCACGUUAAAAUAAGAAAAAAUUCAAAAACAAGCAACAUUCAAACAUUACAGACUUGAAAGAACCACGUAAAAAUCAAAAGGAAAAAGAGUAACAGAAAAUAUAAUUCCAAAACAUCCAAGAGUUUUCUCUCAUUAGUAGAACAAAUAAAUGGAGUCUAUAAGACAACUGAAAGCAGAAGAAAAUAAACAUCAAUGAGAAAACUCUUCGUUUAGUCCCGCGUUCGACGAAAUAAACGCGUAGAAAAAUGAUAGUAUCGCUAAAAUUAGAUCUUCGUCCUUUUUUUCGACUUCUCUUUUUUCUUUAUUUCCAUUCGAUUCUCGCUUCUAAAUUGAGGCCAAACUUUGUUUGCGAAUUUUCAACUAAUUAUUCAUGUGGCUUAAAAAAGAUGAACGACGUGGUAUUGUAAACCAAAGUUGAAUUAAAGACAAAAAAAACAGUUCGAAUUUAAAA